AUGGGAAGGCCUGGUUCCCAACCUCAGUACUAUCAGCCUUCAACUAUUCCAGGAACUGAUCAAUCUUCUUCAACCUCAAUCAACCAUUUCAGUCAUCCGCACCCUCUCCAACUCUCCCUUCAACCCCAAAGAGGCCUCAAUUCUAAUUCAUGCGCAGGCUGCAAAGACAUGGCCCCAGGGCUGGUAUACAGUUGCACCAUUUGCAACUACUUCCUUCACCAGAAGUGUUCCGAAAUGCCUCAGCAAAUCACUCACCCUUUCGACAAAGACCAUGUUUUCGAUCUCCUCCCAAGACCCUGUUAUGUUGAAGGCUUCUUUAACUGUGAUGCGUGCGGGAAGCAAGGCCAAGGCUUCUGCUACCAUUGCAAAAUAUGCUUUACAGAUCUUCAUAUACUUUGCGCAGCACUGCCAAUGAAUAUCAAUCACCAAUCCCAUCAUCACCAGCUCAAGCUCAUUUUCACUCCACACUAUCCCGAGAAAAUCUUUUCUUGCGAUAUAUGCUACGAUGCAGGGUCCUGCCAUUGGCUUUAUAAUUGUGACAUGUGUGAGUUCGAUGCUCACUUGGACUGUGCAACAAAUGUUACAGUAAAAAUCCAUCGAAAUAUGCACCCAAGACAGACAACAUCCGAUCUUGAUCGGAUGCAGAAGCUCUCUAUUGGCUCAACAUCUACUCCUCAGCAAUUUCGACCAAAUCUUCACUCAGGCUUCUCUUCUUAUCGGUACAUGCAAAUGGUAGGUGCACCAGUUUGUGCACCAUUUUGGCAAAGGCCGAAUAACGAUAAUUUGAUAGUUAAAUUUUCCACUGAACAUGGCCCUACUCAGCAAAUUAUAUCGGAUAUCACAAGUGGUGGAGGUGAAGCUAUUAGCGCGGAUGUUUUCGGAGGACCGCAGGACUUGUUUCAAGGAUUAUCAGUAAGUAAUGGCGGACAGAAUACUUCUCCGCCUUCUGCAGGCUGUGGGGACGGGAGCGGGCAACAUAAUUUGCAAAAUUUAAUGGGUGCAUCUGGCACCGGCAAUAUCUACGGUCUUGAUAUUUUUGGAAGUUUGUCAAUGCUUGAUGGGGUAGAUAUGAGAGGAUUACUAGGAGGGUUACUAGGUGUAAUUGCCAGGAGGAUUACUAGAAGAAUUACUAGGAGGAUCACCAGGAGGAUUACUAGGAGAAGAACUAGAAGGGUUACUAGAAGGAUUAUUAGGAGGAUUACCAGGAAGAUCACUUCGAUUAUGUAG